GAGUAAAAGUUUUGUGGAUGAAUGGGUCUGUAUAGCCUUGCUAUUCUCGUUCCAUUCAUUCAUCCAAUCCUUCCUUGAUUUUAAAAACCGCCCUGUCAUCACAAAAGCGAGCAUUAUACAGCAUGCAAUCUCGACGAAUAUGGUCUACAUUUUUCCCCACAAAAAUGUUCUUUAUCUGAGCUAUGUUACACCGUCCGGACACGACUCUGGAGGCCCGGGUCUGGAGGACUUAUGAUAUCUCGCUGAUGAAAUACGACUGACGGAAAUAAACACACAGGAUAGCCGACAAUCAAAAUGAUCUGGUUCAAUUUGUAUCCUUGUCGCCUGUUUUAAGUGGUAAUCGAAUCGGGUUUGGCGUUUUUUUCGUCGCUAUUGUUAAAGGGCCUCCAGUUUUGAAGCGCCCCGAUAAGAAGUUGAUCUUGUUUAUUGGGAGCUGCUAUUCUGAAUACACUAUAUUGCCCUAGGGGUGUGCUAUUAACGUCAUCGCAUGGAUUGCUUUAAUUGAUUGAAUUGUGUUUUCGCUAAAUAACUGACUGAAAGUAUAUCCAUGAUAAUUAGAGCCUUCCACAGGACCGGGCAUAUACGUAUUAUUCAUCAGGUUUAUAAGGAGAUAUAUCAGAAAUUGAAUCCAUGAUAUCAUUAUAAAAUGACCGAUCACGCUGCUACCGAGGUGAAGCCCUCGACGAAGAGUUCGACCACGGCCUCGUCUCCUGGAUAUCUCGAAGCAGAAGAGAUUCGACUCAUAUGGUGCUCCCAUAUAUUUAACGCAAUCCUAUUCUGUGCGUGCCUCGGAGCUGUUUGUAUCUCACUUUGGGUAUGGAUUGAACUUUCAACUUACGAGUCACGUGAUGGAAUCAUCGCUCUGAUUGGUCCACUCUAUUACGUAGCGAACUUUACCCCACUUGCCGAGGGUGGCGCUGUAUUCUUCAUCAUAGCCGUAGGUGCCAUAGGACUCUGUUUUAAAUCCCGGUGUACUCUCGUAUGGUAUUUUGGAAUGCUCUUUCUCUUAUGCAUGCUUUCAGUGGUCAUUGCAAUAAUCUCAUUUGCCUUAUAUUUCGAGUUGAGCGACACUCUGAAAACUUCGAUGGCUGAUAAAAUAGAAUCUUACUACUCGACAUCGGGCAUGGAAGAUAUCACACAAUACAUCGACGUUAUUCAAAAAGAGUUCCAUUGUUGUGGAUCAAUGGCAUACACCGACUGGAAUUCAUCGACCUGGAAACAAGACAACUCGGGCUGGAUACCGUCCACGUGCUGUGUUAGAACGAAUGCGACGUCGUCAUCGUCAUCAUCGUCGAUCUCGUCAAGGAUCAUCAACGCAACUGCGUGUACAAACAGCAGUGGAGAAGCCGGCAUCUUUCCGAAUAUGUACAUGUACUCAAGAGGGUGUCAUACGUUAAUCAAGGAUCCAGUAGAAACACCCAUUCUUAUAUUGGGUGGCGUAAGUGCAGCUCUCUUUCUUAUACAACUCAUCAGUCUCAUCUUCCUCAUCAACCUUCUGCGGAGGAUGGGGCCGAGAUCGCCGGCGCAGAUGAAGUUUAGCGAUCGGGACACAGCCCGCGAGACUCUGGACAAACUUGACUACUGGCUCGACCGGGAAGCCGAAGAGAUCAAGCGGCAGAGUGCCAAAAGGAAGAAAAAGAGUCCAAAAUCCUGAGUCCAACUCAAAGACGUUGAUAUCAGACAAGUAAUAAUCGAACAGUACUGCAACGAAACUGUGGAAGGGAAUUCUCUUCCUUUCCCGACAAUUCUAUAUUGUUGUCUUUUCGCUCCAUGUAUUUUUCGGUGAUGACGUCGUAUAAACCGUUACCGACUGAAGAACCCAUGAACCUGCACAUCGGAUCCGACUCCGGUCCGGUAGAUAGAACGAUUCAUAAUAAUUGAAACGAAAUGUUCAUGAAAGGAAUUUUCUCUCCCCCCGACAAGUCUAUUCUGUCGUUCUUUCGCUUAAUCCAUGAUGGAUUUCUCGGUGAUGACGUCGUUCAAACCGUUACCGACUAAAGAACCCAUGAACCGUGCACAUCGGAUCCGGUCCCGGUCCGGUAGAUUGAAACGUAUUAUUCACGCACUCUUUCUCUCAGUGAUCGGAUAGAGGACCGGGUGACCCAGAUCGGAUUGCGUGCCACAGACAGUCGUAAGCUGUCGGUGUUUGCCUCGAUCCGACGUCGAGAAGGGGAUGCGGUGCAUGAUGGGACAUUGUGAUUGGAUAUUUCUAUGUAAGUGCUCACACUCUUCCCAGAAUCCACGAAAUUCCGGGAAGUUUUCCGGGAAGAUCAUUUCCGGGAAUGAUAUUAUUUUCUGAAUAUGUCAAAAUCUAUCACAAAAUUGGAUCUUUGUAAUUAAAAUGACACAGAUUUUUGCUCGCUUGCUCGCAACUCUUCAAAAAUUUUACCCGAUACGUCAUAUUUUGCCCCCUCAUUUUGUUUUGCUCAUCGCGGCACUGGGGCCUUUUUUGUGUAUAGAAGAAAAUUAUACAAUCCUUGAUUUUUUUGUGAAAUUCCAGGAACUUUCAGAGUAAAUUCCAGUUGCGGCCGCACAGAAACGUUGUUAGCGUAACAGAACGCUAAUAGUAGGGCCAGUCACAUCUUUCACGGGCGACAACCGCCUAGACGCAUUGUUUUCACUAAGAGAGUACUAACAGUAGGCCUAUCGGUAUCGAUAAAUUCACAGAAACUUAGCCGAAUUCCUAAUAAUCUAACAAUAAAAGGCCCAGCAGAAGCUAACAGUGGUGUUAAUGUUAAUACAAAUCACUAACAGUGCCAAGGGCACCAAUAGUGACGAUGUUAGUGAAUAAUUUCUCCCUUUAAAACUUGUCUCCCUUUCUUAUACCAAGUAAUUUAAAAUAGACCUCGACGGAAUUAAAGGGGUAUUCCGGGCCCACACAACAUAUGAAUAAAUGGAGUAAAAUUAGAUGAGCAAAUUGCUUAAAAUUAAUCAAAAUCUGAUUAAAAAAUAAAAUUCUUGAAUAUUAACAAUUUAACACUAUAUUUUGCAAAUGAUAUUACUGAGCAGCAUGUGGCCAUGAAUAUGCAAUAAAUGGAACGAUGAUGCCAUAUCCUCUAGCUCUUUCCCCUUUUUCUGAUUAUUGAAAUGAACUCGUAAUUGUCUCAAAUGUGUGUAUGUCGCCCGAGUAACAAAAUGAUGAUCUUUGAAGCAAUAUUCUGGGUGGACAAAAUUUAAAUAAGCCUAACUUUGUAUGAUGCAACAGACCCUCAUUGCAUAUUCCUGAAGACAUGAAUAUAAAUUUCACCGAAAUAGGACCUAAUGCAAAAUUGUAAGAUACCAUAAUUUUUUGUAUUCAUUUCUAAUUUUUAUCAAUUUGUCAGUGUUUUGUUUGUCUCAUUUUACUGUUCAAACCUUAUUAUUUUCUUCAGCCUGGAGUACCCCUUUAAGAAUGGGUAUAUAGCGGGGGAUAUUGAUUAGUUCCAAGAUAAUUAUGAUCCUUUUCAUCAAGAUGUUUUUCUUCCAAGAUACAUCAUUAUUUUAAGUGUUUGAAGACAUUUUUAAGAAUAGACCUUACAUUAGAAAGAAGAACAAUAGCUGAUGAAAUUUAUCGCAUGAUAAUCAUCAAUGGCAAAUACUCUAUCAUGAGCAUGAUGAGUGAAGUCUGUGAAGAGCAUUUUCAAACAAAAGAAACUGAUGAAAAGUGGGAUUGCAUUUUCUUUGGGUACAGAAUCUCCAUCGUAAUAUCGUGAUAGGCUAAUUUUCUUGAUCUUUUUAAAGCUUAUUCGAUAUUUUUUAAAAAUUAAAUUAGUAAAUAUAUAUUAACUACUUGUUGUCAUUUCAUGUUUAAAAUGUAAUAAGGAAAAUUUUGUAGGCCUAUUUAAAAAUAAAUUACAUUCCUUUACCCUUUCCUAGACAAGAUUUUAAACUUGUAGGAUGUGCAAAUAAUCAUAACUAAAUCUUAAGUUAAAUCUAGAUCACUACGCACAAAUUAAAGAUUUUGCCUAACUCAAAUACCCUAACAACACUCGCGCCUAACGGCGCCCUAACAGUGCUUUCUGUGCCUUCUCUGCGAUUAUUCUACCCAUGUUGUUAGAGCUGAUUUGUUAAUGAAUAAAUGAUAUACAGAUCGUUGAUCCCAGAUGUAAAUAAUGCAUUACUCUGACAUUAGCAAUCGCGGCGACAUUACCGGUUGUAACAGGGCCCUUUCUUAGCGUAGUGUUACGCUAACAGCGUUUCUGUGCGGCCGAUACAGGAUGUUUCGUUUCGAAAAGUAGAAGCACUGUGUGAGCAGAAGAUGAGAGUACUACCGUCCCAUGGUAAAAGGAAGCAACUCCGUGAAGUGAGUUUCUAUCAGUAAAAUGAGGAAAAUGCAUCAUAUUUUUAUGUGCUAUUGAAAUGUCUAUAUUUCCGAAAUUGAGGGCUCCAAUUCCUUAGCAUCAUGUAGAGCAUACAGAAAAUGUCCUAAAUUAAUAAGGUCAAUUUUGAAAUAAAAAAUCAGGGGUGCUAUUUUCUGUCAUUGGAUGCUUGGCAAAGUAGUCUAAAAUGCUAAAUAACACUGCCUUAAUAUCAUGAAUAUUUAACACUAAAACCGCCUCAUAGAGCCUGUUUCAUGAACAGUUACAACUUUGGUAAAUUUGCCAUAAUGGCAAAUUACCAUGCUAAAAGGCAGGGCUCAGUAGCCAAUCAAAAUCGAAGCUCCUGUUUAUGAUAGUUAUCAUAAUAACAAAUUUAUCAUUUAUGAAGAGGCUACGAGGACAAUUAUUUAUUAUUUGGCAGAUAUUCGAAUGACGUAAAAAGUAAUAUUCGAAUGCCGAUCGGUGGAAAGUCAUUUGAAUAAUUCGAAUAUUUGCAGUUCCAAGACAGAUCUUUACCGGAAUAUCAAUAACUGAAAUUCUGAUUUAUUUGAAAAUAUUAAUAUAUGGAACUUGCCUCUAAAGUGAAAAUAGAUGCCAUGCCUUUACCGGUUUAUGUAUCACAUAAAUCUGGACUCCUAUUCAAGUGAAUAGACUAAAAAAAUAAUAUCAAUACUAUAAAAGUUUCGAUAUGAUAUUAUAUGACUAAACUUUCUAUUCGGAAAACUCACUCCCAAUUAUAAUAUAUUAUAUGACUAAACUUUCUAUUCGGAAAACUCACUCCCAAUAUGUUUCAUUGAUUUUGCAUGACUGAAAUUUAAAAAGAUAUGAGAGUUCGAUUUCAUAUACAUGUUAAAAAUUUGAACUUGAAGUUAAAGUUAUGUCUAUAGAAUUGCUUAUCCAUGUACAACUAUUCGCCAUUGACACUUCAAAUAUUUAAACACUGUAACAAUUCACUUAUUUUUAUAUGUUUUAAUUAUACUCAAUACAUUGUUUACCAUUAUCAACUUUUUGUAUUCUUGUCAGUAGUGAUUAUGACUUUCACAAUAUCCGAAUAAAUAUUCACUGCAUUUCGUCGGUGAAGAAUGAUUAUUUACUAAUCAUAA